AUGACUCGACGCUGGAAGCCAAAGCGCAGGCGUGAUGCGCAGACGAUCGACUCUGAGACUGUCGAAGUGCGCACUAUGUGGCGCGACAUUCUCCCUAUGGAGCUGUGGCAGAUCGUGUUCUCCUUCUGCUUGCCGACGACGCUUUUUGCAGUCCGCGAUACAUGCCGCCUCUUUCGGGAGAUCGUGGACCGCAACAAUGGCAAGCUACUAGCUCACGCACCUCUUCUUCUCAGGCGUCCGCCCCCUGACCCUCGCUGGUGGCUGCGUAUUGUGAAGCAUCGCGGCCAAGCUAAAGUCAUGCGCGACUUCUUCGGCGUCAAGGACCCUUGGGCACCGGGCAUGUACGGGAGCGCAAUCUACACGAACAUGUUGUUCCGUUCCGGUCGAUGUGCCAUAUGCAACAUCUGGACGGCGGGACCCCCAGAGUGGAUCCACAGUCCAAUAUAUCUUUGUUCGAAGAACUGCAAAAUUAUGUUCUUCCGGACGGAAGUGGUAUACAUUCAGCCUAGGUUCAAUUACCUUCCAGCCAGAUCGGCAACGCCCCGAAUCGACCGGCAUAUUAUACCGUGGCUUCCGAUGGUCAGAUUGCCUACAGCAAGCGUAGGAACCGACGCGGUCCUCGUCCGAGACCUGGCCGCUGCGAAGGAAGAAUACGUAGCCGAGGUUCUCGCAGCGCCUUCGCACGAUGAGCGAAAGAAGCGUCGGGAAAAGCUUUUCAAGAUCCAGGCCUACAUCGAUAUCUGGAAGAGCUCGAUGCACGUGCAUAUGCGGAAGCUCAAGGCCCACAACGUUUACCAGUUGCGCAAGCUAGCAGCAAGACGAGGCAUCCCGACCGCCCGCGCGCUGCGCAAUGCCACUAUCCGGCGCCGCUUGCGAGCACAUAGUCAUGACGACCGCAAGCUGUCGCGCUCCACUCUCGUCAAAGCCGGCUUGGCGACCGCGAAGAGCAAGAAACGCAUGUGCAGCCACUGUGGUGUCUCUGUCAAGCAGAGCCUGUACGACUGGCAUGUGAAGCAAAGGCACCCCGAGCAGCUCCCUCAAAGUCGGCUCAACUUCAAGACGGGGAAAGCGGAGUAUCGAUGCGAUUUAUAUAAGGCCGUCGUACCGACGUACGGCUCCCUCGACGCGGACAACCCACCUCACGGCGUGGACUACGGCCCCUAUACUGCUGCCUUCAUGUCACUGAUGAGCCGCUCAAUGCCCUCCACAACUGCGACGUGCUACCGCCUGAUCAAACGUCGCGCGCGAGUCGGCCGUGCAGUCGAGCAGGUUGUUCUUGAACUAUUGGCUGGCCUUCGUACGGAGUCGGACAACGGGUUGGGCGUCGCCGCUCGAGAUGGUCGGGGUAAGUAA